CCACCACCAUUUUCUCAGAGACAAAGUCUGAUGUGAUCCGGGCUAGCCUGUAACUCACUGUGUAGCAGAGACUGGCCUUAAAAGCCUGACCUUGAGUUUCUGCUGCUGAACUUUGGGGCCAGAUUUCUGGGGCCUGCUGGGAACAGGACUUCUGAAAGCAAGUAUGUCUGGAAGGCUGUGGUGCAAGGCCACUUUUGCUGGCUACAAGCGAGGUCUCCGGAACGAAAGAGAGCACACCGCUCUUCUUAAAAUCGAAGGUGUCUAUGCCCGAGAUGAAACUGAGUUCUACUUAGGCAAGAGAUGUGCUUAUGUGUAUAAAGCAAAAAACAAUACAGUGACUCCUGGAGGCAAACUAAACAAAACCAGAGUGAUCUGGAGAAAAGUAACUCGGGCCCACGGAAACAGUGGCAUGGUCCGUGCCAAAUUCCGAAGCAACCUUCCUGCAAAGGCCAUUGACACAGAAUCCGGGUGAUGCUGUACCCAUCCCGGAUUUAAAUUAAUGGAGAGUAAAUAAAUAAAAGUA